GUUAGCUCACAUUAGGAACCAAAUUUGUAGCCGUUUUCCAGGUGGGGUCGGGACAUUCAUUGAAUGGGCAUAUCAAAAUGGCGGACCAAGAAGAGUCGGUGAGGGAGUUCGUUGCUGUUACUGAUGUUGAUGAGGAGAGGGCCCGGUUUUUUUUGGAGUCUGCCGGUUGGGAUUUGCAACUCGCCCUGGCCAGUUUUUUUGAAGAUGGUGCUGAGGAUGACAUAGUAACACUUCCACAGCCAGAGAGUGGCGCAUCCUCUGUGCCACGUUCCACAGGAACCGGCAGGAGUGAAAAUAGGGUAACCUCCUUCAGGGAUAUGAUGCACGAGGAAGUAGAUGACAGUGAUGAAGAGGAGGGGCAAAGAUUUUUUGCUGGGGGUUCUGAACGCAGUGGGCAGCAGAUUGUGGGACCCCCCAAAAAGAAAAGCUCCAAUGAGGUGGUGGAGGACCUGUUCAAGGGGGCGAAGGAGCACGGGGCCGUACCUGUGGAGAAAGCUGGGAGGGGCCCAGGGGAGUCUAGUCGAGCCAGACCCUUCAUUGGUGGUGGCUACCGGCUGGGGGCAGCACCUGAGGAGGAGCCUGUUUAUGUGGCUGGAGAGAGGAGAGCUGCUAACAGCCAGCAAGAUAAGGUGCAUGUAGUCCUGAAACUUUGGAAGACCGGUUUCAGCCUGGACGACGGUGAACUCCGAAACUACAGUGAUCCUGGCAAUGCUAUUUUCUUGGAGUCCAUCCGUAGGGGGGAGAUUCCUUUGGAGUUGAGGCAGCGCUCUCGAGGCGGUCAGGUCAACCUAGAUAUGGAGGACCAUCGAGAUGAGGACUUCUCCAAACCCAAGGUUGCCUUUAAGGCAUUUGGUGGGGAAGGACAGAAACUGGGCAGUGCCACCCCUGAGCUUGUGUCUGCCCCGCGUAUGGGUGACCAGGACCAGGUUGCCAGCGAGGCCCAGGCUAUCGCAUCUGUGGACCUGGAUGCCUCCCAGCCUGUGACCAACAUCCAGAUCAGACUGGCCGAUGGGGGAAGACUGGUGCAGAAGUUCAAUCACACUCACAGGGUGUCAGACGUGCGUCAGUUUGUGGUGCGAGCUCGUCCCAUGAUGGCUGCCACCGAGUUUGUGCUCAUGACAACCUUUCCCAACAAGGAGCUAACUGAUGAAAGCCAGACACUACAGGAUGCCAACCUGCUCAAUGCAGUCAUUGUGCAACGGCUAAAGUGAUGGUGCCCCCUGGUGGCCUGGGUGAUUCACAGCUCUUUGACCCCUCAGAGGGACAAAACACCAUGGACUUACGGACUUCUAAUUGCUUUUUUUUUUUCUAUAGUGAUGAUACAUUUUCCCUCUUCUACGGUUAAUGAAGGGGAAUAUGUUGGGAAGUGGGGAACGGACAGGGCUUCUAGAAAUGUGGAAAACAGUGGAUUUGGAAGUGAAUGCUGGUUUUAAAAUAGGUGAACAUGCACAGUAACAAUAAAACUUUCUUAACAGUUUCAGAGAAUGCUCUAGAUGUCCAUAAUACUGUCAUUUAUUUUGUUAAUAAUUUUAUUUUAUCCUCUGGCUCAAAACUUUUCAGCACAUUCCCAUCUGUACAAUUCUACCACAACUAUACCCCCGCAUAACGAAUAGUCUUAGGCUUCAAUCACAUUCAGAAUCACAUUCAGAAUCACAUUAGAAUGCUUAAAAUUAAAAUGCCGGAAUUAUUUUUUUAAGACUUUCUUUUACCAAUAUUAGGGUUGUACCUCCUAAAACUAUGAAAUUAUUUUGAUAUGUGACAUUUAUAGCUAUAUUGAUUUACUAUCAAAACAAUGAUUGAACUGAAUCUCACUUCAGAACACUUAUUCUGGGUUUUAAUGGCAGGUAUGUCUUGCACUGAUAUCCUCCAUCUUGGGUAAAAGAAAUAGACCGUUGCAUUUAUUUGGCUUACUGAAAAUUAAAUACUUUUUUGUUUGGUGUA